CAGCUGUAUUUCCAAAAUGUCGCUUUCUAACAAGCUGACGCUGGACAAGCUGGAUGUUAAAGGGAAGCGGGUCGUUAUGAGAGUCGACUUCAAUGUUCCUAUGAAGAACAACCAGAUAACAAACAACCAGAGGAUUAAGGCUGCUGUCCCAAGCAUCAAAUUCUGCUUGGACAAUGGAGCCAAGUCGGUAGUCCUUAUGAGCCACCUAGGCCGGCCUGAUGGUGUCCCUAUGCCUGACAAGUACUCCUUAGAGCCAGUUGCUGUAGAACUCAAGUCUCUGCUGGGCAAGGAUAUUCUGUUCUUGAAGGACUGUGUAGGCCCAGAAGUGGAGAAAGCCUGUGCCAACCCAGCUGCUGAGUCUGUCAUCCUGCUGGAGAACCUCCGCUUUCAUGUGGAGGAAGAAGGGAAGGGUAAAGAUGCUUCUGGGAACAAGGUUAAAGCCGAGCCAGCCAAAAUAGAAGCUUUCCGAGCUUCACUUUCCAAGCUAGGGGAUGUCUACGUCAAUGAUGCUUUUGGCACUGCUCACAGAGCCCACAGCUCCAUGGUAGGAGUCAAUCUGCCACAGAAGGCUGGUGGAUUUUUGAUGAAGAAGGAGCUGAACUACUUUGCCAAGGCCUUGGAGAGCCCAGAGCGACCUUUCCUGGCCAUCCUGGGCGGAGCUAAAGUUGCAGACAAGAUCCAGUUGAUCAAUAAUAUGCUGGACAAAGUCAAUGAGAUGAUUAUUGGUGGCGGAAUGGCUUUUACCUUCCUUAAGGUGCUCAACAACAUGGAGAUUGGCACUUCUCUGUUUGAUGAAGAGGGAGCCAAGAUUGUCAAAGACCUAAUGUCCAAAGCUGAGAAGAAUGGUGUGAAGAUUACCUUGCCUGUUGACUUUGUCACUGCUGACAAGUUUGAUGAGAAUGCCAAGACUGGCCAAGCCACUGUGGCUUCUGGCAUACCUGCUGGCUGGAUGGGCUUGGACUGUGGUCCUGAAAGCAGCAAGAAGUAUGCUGAGGCUGUCACUCGGGCUAAGCAGAUUGUGUGGAAUGGUCCUGUGGGGGUAUUUGAAUGGGAAGCUUUUGCCCGGGGAACCAAAGCCCUCAUGGAUGAGGUGGUGAAAGCCACUUCUAGGGGCUGCAUCACCAUCAUAGGUGGUGGCGACACUGCCACUUGCUGUGCCAAAUGGAACACGGAGGAUAAAGUCAGCCAUGUGAGCACUGGGGGUGGUGCCAGUUUGGAACUCCUGGAAGGUAAAGUCCUUCCUGGGGUGGAUGCUCUCAGCAAUAUUUAGUACUUUCCUGCCUUUUAGUUCCUGUGCACAGCCCCUAAGUCAACUUAGCAUUUUCUGCAACUCCACUUGGCAUUAGCUAAAACCUUCCAUGUCAAGGUUCAGCUAGUGGCCAAGAGAUGCAAUGCCAGGAACCCUUAAACAGUUGCACAGCAUCUCAGCUCAUCUUUACUGCACCCUGGAUUUACCUACAUUCUUCAAGAUCCCAUUUGAAUUUCUUAGUGACUAGACAUUGUGCAUUCUAGAGUGCAUAUAUAUAUUUUGCUUGUUAAAACAAGUGAGCUGUGUUAGCUUAGUUCUCUUUUGAUGUAGGCUAUUAUGAUUAGCUUUGUCACUGUUUCACUACUCAGCAUGGAAACAAGAUGAAAUUCCAUUUGUAGGUAGGGAGACAAAAUUGAUGAUCCAUUAAAUAAACAAUAAAAGUGUCCACUGAAACCGUGAUUUUUUUUUUCCUGUCAUACUUUGUUAGGAAGGGUGAGAAUAGAAACUUGAGGAACGCAUUGCUGAAUGCGAGAAGUGGGGCAGCAGCAGUGGAGAGAUGGGACAAUUAGAUAAAUGUCUUUAUCAAGGUCCUACUUUAUGGCAGACAUUGUGCUAGUGCUUUUAUUCUAACUUUUAUGUUUAUCAGUUACACAUGAUCAUAAUUUAAAAAGUCAGGGCUUGUAACAAAAAAGCCCCAGCCCAUUCCUCCCAUUCAAGAUUCCCACUGCCCAGAGGUGACCACUUUCAACUCUUGAGUUUUUCAGGUAUAUACCUCCAUGUUUCUAAGUAAUAUGCUUAUAUUGUUCACUUCUUUUUUUUAUUUUUUAAAGAAAUCUAUCUUUCAUACCAUGGAGGAAGGCUCUGUUUCACAUAUAUUUCUACUUCUUCAUUCUCAGUAUAGUUUUGUCACAAUUAUAGAUUAGAUCAAAAGUCUUCAUACCUAAUACUCACUGCUGAGCUAUGUAGUAUGCACGAUUGAAUUUACUUAUGUAA